AUGGUUGUGAUAGAGACAUUAUUUCAUGAUAUCCAUUAUAUUUUUAAUUACAAAAUUGUUGACUUUUUAUAUUUGCCAUGUGUAUUUAUUAGCUCAUUUAUUGAAAUUACUUUGAAAUAUCUUUAUUUUAUUUCUUAUUUCUUUAAUUUUUUUUAUCAAAAAGUAAUUAAUAUAACCACAAAUACCAUAAUACAGGUAAAAUGUUUAAUCAAUAUUAUUAUGAGAAUAAACAAGGUAAAAGAUAUAGAAGCAAAAGAUAUUACAAGAAAAGACAAUGAAGGAGAGACAAAAGAAAACAAGAAAAUAAUACAAAAAUGA